UUCCUGUCGAAGUCUCACCAGGCCCACCCUGUCAAGAGAGUACAACGUAACUUGGACUUGUCGACCAAGCAAAAAAUUAUUCGCAGCCCGUAUUUAGCUUACUAUCGACAAGCCUUCACCUAUAUCUUCCCGGGACGCGUGAACGCGCAUUAAUUGUUCUUGGCUGCGCUCCCGCACGUUGCGACAAUGUCCAACUUUUAUACCUACUUACCUGGCGACAUUGCGCCCGACUUUGCAGCCUUCCAUCGGCGGCUGCAUGACAUUCGACACUAUCAGCUAGACCGAUUGUGCAGCGCAACAUCGGUUCCCCUCCUGCAGGGCUACGAAUCAGAGCUGAACGAGGCAUUCGCAGAUGUAGAGGCCAGACUCAAGGCGCUCAGGCUCGCGAGUGAUGAUUAUGAUCGCGUGGAGGAGGUUCACGCCGUUCUCGUCGAGGUUGAGAAGGCUUCUGAGGAGCUUUCCAAAGCGAGGCAGGAGUCUAGAGCCGCGUUACUAGGAGCCAGGAGAGGAAUUUCUGCAAGGAACGAGGCUGCUUUACGAGCGGAGCUCUCGUUGGACCGAAUGGACAAAAAGGCUAGCCGCCUCACAGAUCGAUCUGGAGAUGAUAGGCUCCAAACAGCUUCGGAAGACGUCUCAGAUGCUCUGAGACGGACAGUCGCUCUCAUGUCGCAAGAGCUCGAAAAAUCGACCUUCAGCGCGCAAAUGCUGGAUGAAUCAUCUUCAGCACUCCGCACGAUAUCUCUUGAAUACUCAUCUUUCUCUUCACUGAUUAAGUCAUCCACGCGAUUGAUCAAGAGCAUGGAGCGGCAAGACUUACACGACAGGCUGAUGGUCAUGGGCAGCAUGCUCUUCUUCCUCUUUUGCGUGGUAUACAUCCUCAAGGUGCGCGUAUGGGAUCGAGGGGCGACGCUCUUUGGCUUCCUCUUCCGUGCCUUUGGUUUGCGAGGACGCUCGCGGGAAGAGGUUGCAGUGUCUUUGAAGCUAGCGAAGGAGGCGGCGCAAGAGAGCGCCAGGGCGAUGUCGGCCGCAGCUUCAGCAUCGUCGACGAUGCUAUCCCAAAGCAUCGCCACUGCGGCAGCGGCAGCCGUGACUGCAGCCAGCAGCUCCAUCGCAUCCGUAUCUUCGCAGAUCUUCGCGACGCCGGCGGCAGACGAGCCGACCGAGGACAGCAGCACUCGACAGAACGCAGCAGAGCAGCAAGCCGGAGAUCAAGAAGGACCAGAAGUACCGGCUUCAUCCAGAUCGCCUUUGAAUAUCAAGCACGCGGUCGCCAAUAGAGCACAGAAGGGGAAGUUUCAUCGGCCAACCGAAAAAACUGAGCUUUGAGGCAGAAAUGCAAUUAUACACUGUAUUCUAUAGUGGACCGAAGGUCUCCAUGUAUGCUACAACAUCUAACCACUACAGAAUGAAUCGCUGAAUG